AGAUAUUUAUGCUUACAAACUCCUACAUUCAUCAGCAGCUUCAUAUUAGCAACAGCAACAAGUUCCGAAUAACACAUUACAAAUUACCACAAAGUUGCUUCGUUUCUCAAGAUUAACGUCACACUUUUAUCGGUCACAAGUACAUCUAAUAUUAAUGAAAAGAGACCAUAUUUUCAUUCCAAAAUAUAAUCCUGUCGUCGGCAGAACUCAGUGGAAAGAUGUAGAUCCAGAUUAUGAUUUUAACCAAGAAAUAGCUAGAUCUGGAUAUGGCGAUAUGCUUCAUGAUUCUGAUCGAAAUCAUAAGUAUCGAUUAGCUAUAGAACAUACCAUUAAACGUCUUAGACAGCAGUAUCCCGAAAAGCCUAUUCACGUGUUGGAUAUCGGGACUGGGACUGGUUUGCUGAGUAUGAUGGCUGUCAAUGCUGGAGCUGACUUAGUUACCGCCUGUGAAUCCUUCCUUCCAAUGGCUAAGUGCGCAAUGAACAUCUUACAAAACAAUGGGUUUAUUGACAAGAUUAAUGUAAUCCCGAAACACUCGACGGAUUUAAUUGUCGGAUUAGAUAUGCCAUACAAAGCUAACGUCUUGGUUGCGGAAUUAUUUGAUACUGAAUUAAUCGGUGAAGGUGCCUUAGAAACGUACAGACAUGCGGCCGAGCACUUGCUGACACCCGAUGCUUCUCUUAUCCCAUGUGCUGCUCAGGUUUAUUUACAGGUUGUUGAAUCUCAAUUUCUUUGGUCUCAUCAUCGUCUAUUUCCAUUUCAAUAUAAAAUUGGUGAUACAACAAUAGAUAUAAACGAGUUUCAGCAUGCAGAAAUUGAAUCAUGUUCAGGACUUCCAUCAACAUUUGAUAUUCAAGUAUCAGAGAUUCAUUUAGAAGAUAAUCAAUCAGUUUCAUGUGACAGGCGGUUGCGGUGUCUUUUGAAGAGUCCUCAACUUGUUAAAUGCUUUAACUUUGGGCCACCCUCAGAUCUUAUUAAAUUAAACGAUGUUUUAGAUUUAGAAUGCACUACUUUUGAAUCUGGCAUUGCACAUGCAUUUAUUGUUUGGUGGUCUUUACAAAUGGAACCUACAAACACAGUCCCACCAAUCAGUGUCGCACCCACUUGGAUAGGAGAUCCUAAUUCUGCUUGGCGAGACCAUUGGAUGCAAGCGGUUUAUUUUCCAAAGACUGCUCACCAUUUAAUCAAAAAUGAGUCAUUUAUAAUCAGAUUUCUUCAUGAUUCAUUGUCCAUGCGAUUUGACAUACUUACGGUACCUAGCCUUAAUUCUAAACGUGAUACUUCUGCAAUCAAUGUCACGGAUGAAAUGUCUUUUUUAUCAUGCUCGUGCGACCUUCAUCGUGUGUGGCCACGAACACGCAUUUCCGAAUUGAAUUCAUCUGAUUACAGAACAUUUUCUACUAAAAUCCUUAACUCUGUCAUUACAGUAUCACAAAAAUACCCAACUUCAUUAUUUAAUGUGUUAGUGGUUUCAGAUUGUACAUAUUUACCUUUUUUACUGGGAAAAAGUUUAAUGAAGCAUGCCAUACAAUCUCAACUAGUUCACUUAGAUACGUCACCAUCUUCGUGUUUACUUUUGGAUCGUAUUUAUAAGUCAUAUUCUUCGUCCUGGUCAAUUAUAGAGAGUUGCCAGUCGAUUGAGCAGGUUUCCUCCAAAAUGACUCACAACACUUGCACAGAAUCUAAAUCAACUGAGUCAACUCUAAUUUUGAUCGGCGAACCAUACAUAAGUUCAGCAAUACUUCCUUGGGAUUCUUUGUACUUUUGGUAUGCCUUUCAGCAUUUGCUUUCACAUAACCCAACCCAUUCAUCUUUGUAUUUAUUUAGCCCUGUUAGACUACGCAUCUAUGCUGUCCUGGUUGACUUCGAAAAUCUUUGGCGGAUACGUUCGCCAGUUGGAUUCACUUGUGAAUCUUUUGAUUUACGCCCUUUUGAUGAGCUAGUUCUAGAUGCGUCAGCUAGAAGUGAUGAAUUAAUUGAACCACACCCCCUCUGGGAAUAUCCUAAUACGGCUAGAUCGGAUGCUUGUGUGAUUUUUGAUAUGAUUCUACCGAACAGCCCGGAUCUGGGUUCAAAUUUUCAGUAUGUUGAUUCUAAAAAGUUAAUUUGUUGUAAACAGAACACUCUAACUGCAGUAUCCUCAUCUGUUAAUGGUAUAGCAUUCUGGUGUGAGUGGCUCUAUAAUACCCCUUCCACACACCAUUCUAGUGAAACUUGGUGGUAUGCACCAGCUGGUCCCGACAAAAUUACGACACCAAAUGAACCUAUUCUUUGGAAAUCUCAUGGAGCACAGCAAGGUGUUUUUCUUUUCCCAUCAAAUUGGAAAACUAAAAUUUCAUCUAAUGAUUUACUACGAAUUUCUGCGUGUAUGGAUUUUGAUAUUUCAACGGGAGUUUUAUCACCUUCAUUUGAAAUAAUAUAAAGAAUUCCUGCCUAUUUUGUUAUAUUUUACUAUUUUUAUCUGAAAUUAAACAGUUUUAUACACUUGUAGCCUUCCGUAAAUUUCCCUAUUUUACGCUGAUAAGACGGCCCUAAAUUAAGCUAUGAAUAUUUAAAACGAUGAAUAACUACGUAGUCAACGACCUAUUAUUUCAUCUCAUCCACAACUGACCACAUAAAAAGUGACACUAAAUCUCUUUUUAUAUUGUUCCUAUCCCUUUGUGUAUAAGUCGAUGUCUCACUGACUCAAUAAUUUCUUAACAACUUCUGUUUUACUUUAUUCAUUGAGUAGGUUUCCGUGAUGGGUUAUUAAUUGACAUUAAAAAAAUAUAACAGUG